CACCCGCGCGCACAUAUUCCAUUGAACUUCCUCCUCAGCUCAGCUGUCAAAGUGUCUGCACACCAUUGCUCGAGGUAGCAAUAUCAUCUUUUUUAUUUAGGAUAUCAGACAGGGCUUAAUCUGAGAUGGAAGGCCAGCGCUGGUUACCACUGGAAGCCAACCCAGAGGUAUGAAUUUCUCACUAUCUGACGACUUUUUGUCGUUAAUUCAGUUUUAUAUCGUUCAUCGGUUCAUUUUUUUCAUAGGCAGCUUUUAGCUGGUACGGUAAGCUGCAACUCAUGUCUUUGACAUCAUAUUUUAUAUGAUACUGUUUUGUGUUCUGUGUCUGCUUUUCAGGUUAUGAACCAAGUGAGUAGAGGUCUCGACUAUCUGGGUGUGUCUAGGAUUCAAAACUUGUGCCAAAUGAAUGAAUCAGUUUUUACGGCAGCUUGGCUUGGUACCCACCUGGCAGUUUGGGGAUGUGUACGGUUUGGAAGCUGAAGUUCUCAGUUUGGUGCCAAGGCCUGUGUGUGCUGUACUUUUGCUCUUCCCUAUAACAGAGAAGUAUGAAACCUUUAGACAGGAGGAGGAGGCAAAAAUUAAGGCACAAGGACAAGAGGUGUCCUCAGAUGUGUACUUCAUGAAACAAACCAUCGGCAAUGCUUGUGGUACAAUAGGGCUGAUUCAUGCUGUGGCUAACAAUCAAAGGCAUCUGGAGUUUGAGCCCAAUUCACCGCUUAAAGCAUUUUUACUGCAGUCUGCAAAGAUGAGCCCACAAGAAAAGGCAGCUUUCCUUGAAAAAGAUGAGAGCAUCCGAGUAACACAUGAGUCAAGUGCUCAGGAAGGACAAACAGAGGCUCCAAGUUUAGAUGAAAAAGUGGAUUUGCAUUUUAUUGCCUUUGUAAAUGUUGAAGGACAUUUAUAUGAACUGGAUGGACGCAAACCUUUUCCAAUUGUUCAUGGGAAAACCACAGAGGACACAUUUCUUGAGGAUUCUGCAGAGGUCUGCAAGAAGUUCAUGGCACGUGAUCCCCAGGAGCUCCGUUUCACUGUGGUGGCUCUUUCCAAAGCAUAAAUUUUCUUAUUUUACAUAAUAGAAAAACUGCCAAUCAUUCAGAAGUGCUGAAUACUUUAAACCUUUAUUGGUUCAAUUUUGACUUUGAAUAAAAAAUGUUUGUUAAAGGUUUUGACGAUAACCGACAAAGCAAAUGAGAUGCAAAUUAGCUAAUAAUAAAAAGUGUACAUGCGCACAAAAAA